AUGGCCAAUAUCGAAGGGAAGCUACCUGAUAUUCUCUCUGAAUCAGUCUUAAAGUCCUCUGUCCCUGUUCCAGAGGACUUUGUAGAGGUCAAAGGAAUUGACUACGACAAGCCGGAAAGUCGCAAUAUGAAAGCCAAGGAUCUCAUUAAGGGUAUGAGAACCAUGGGGUUUCAAGCCUCCUCUUUAAGUGAAGCUUGUGAAAUAAUUGACGAAAUGAGACAGUGGCGAGGUAAACAUAUUGAUGAUCUUGAGGAGCACGACCGUAAGGGGGAAUUUGACGGUGAGGGAUACCAAAAAUCGACUAUCUUCAUGGGUUACACAUCUAACCUCAUCUCUUCAGGUCUAAGAGACACUUUGAGAUAUUUGGUUCAAAAUAAGAUGAUCAGCGCUAUCGUAGCAUCUGCUGGUGGUAUAGAGGAAGAUCUCAUCAAGUGCUUGGCCCCAACUUAUAUGGGGGAUUUUGCCUUGAAGGGUAAAGGUCUUCGUGAUCAAGGUAUGAACCGUAUUGGAAACCUUUUGGUUCCUAACGACAACUAUUGCAAAUUUGAGGAGUGGAUUGUACCCAUUUUAGACAGCAUGCUGGAGGAACAGGAACAGAAUGUUGUUUCCAAGGGGGUAGAUGCUCUUGACGGUGAUGCAAUGGUUUGGACUCCGUCUACUGUGAUUGAUAGAUUAGGUAAAGAAAUCAACGACGAGACUUCAGUUUUGUAUUGGGCUCACAAAAAUAAGAUUCCUGUGUUUUGUCCGUCAUUAACUGAUGGCUCCAUUGGAGACAUGCUGUUUUUCCACACUUUUAAAGCAUCUCCUAAACAGUUGAGAAUUGAUUUGGUAAACGACAUUAGAAGGAUCAACUCAAUGUCUAUGGAGGCUUCCAAAGCCGGAAUGCUGAUUCUGGGGGGUGGUUUAAUCAAGCAUCACAUUGCCAAUGCUUGUCUAAUGAGAAAUGGUGCCGACUGGGCCGUCUAUGUCAACACAGGUCAAGAGUUUGAUGGUUCAGAUGCUGGGGCUCGACCAGAUGAAGCUGUUUCCUGGGGUAAGAUAAAGGCCGAGGCAAGAUCUGUUAAAGUGUUUGCUGACGUUACAUUAGUUUUCCCUCUCAUGGUAGCAGCUACAUUUGCAUCCGAAUAA